AAUCGAAGUAUUCAAUUGACAGCUUGAAGAGUUCAAAGUACUUUUUAUCAUUGUUUUGUUUUCGUUAACUUUUAGUUAAAUACCUUAGCAAUAAAUUUUAUAAAUUAGUGAUCAUGUUGAGUGUUCUGGCAAAAUCAGUUCCAGCAUUAGUUCCUAUUCGUAAUGCAAGAUGUAUAGCUUCGCUGUCGGCCCUGUCAGACACGUACCAAAUGCUCCAACAGACGUGUCGGGACUUCGCGGAGGGGGAACUGAAACCCAACGCAGCUAAAUUCGACCGUGAGCAUUUGUACCCUGGAGAUGCUAUCAAGAAGAUGGGUGAAUUAGGUCUCAUGGCCAUAGCAACGCCUGAAGAGCUUGGUGGGGCAGGCUUGGACUACCUGGCGUAUGCUAUAGCACUGGAAGAGAUAUCCCGAGGGUGUGCGUCGGCGGGAGUCAUCAUGUCGGUCAAUAAUUCCUUAUAUCUGGGGCCAGUGAUGCACUUUGGCAAUGAUAAGCAGAAGCAGGAGUUUGUAACCCCAUUCUGCACUGGUGAUCCUGUGGGUUGUUUUGCUCUAUCAGAGCCAGGAAAUGGAUCUGAUGCUGGUGCAGCAUCAACAGUGGCUAAGGAUGGUGGAGACAAAUGGGUUUUAAAUGGAACCAAAUGCUGGAUAACCAAUGGAUAUGAAAGCAAAGCCUCAGUUGUGUUUGCCACCACAGACAAAAGCUUAAAGCACAAGGGGAUCUCUGCAUUUUUAGUACCAAAACCCACUAAAGGCUUAGAUUUAGGGAAGAAGGAAGAUAAACUAGGUAUCAGGGGAUCAUCAACUUGCUCUCUAAUAUUUGAGGACUGUGAGAUCCCGAAGGAGAAUAUUUUGGGCAAGCCGGGUAUGGGAUUCAAGAUUGCCAUGAUGACUUUGGAUGCUGGCAGGAUUGGUAUUGCUUCACAGGCAUUAGGUAUUGCUCAGGCCUCCCUAGAUGUCGCCAUAGAAUACGCGUCAAAACGCAUGGCAUUCGGCAAACCUAUAAUGAAGCUGCAAGCCAUUCAAAGCAAGUUGUCAGACAUGGCGCUACAGUUAGAGUCGGCUAGACUACUGACGUGGCGCGCGGCGUGGCUGAAGGACAACAAAAAACCUUUUACUAAGGAGGCUGCCAUGGCGAAACUUGCGGCAUCAGAAGCUGCAACAUUUUUGGCUCACCAAUGCAUACAGAUUCUUGGUGGCAUGGGUUACGUGUCGGAUAUGCCUGCAGAGAGACAUUACAGAGAUGCCAGAAUUACUGAAAUAUACGAGGGAACAUCAGAGAUUCAGAGGCUUGUUAUAGCUGGGCAGCUGAUCAAAGAAUAUGGCCUAUAAACUACCCUACCUCAAACAAUAGUCUUAGGAAUGUGGAGGUCCAUGACCAUAAUGACUGUAUGUGUUCAUUAAUGAAAAUAUACUGUGUUAGUGACAACUUUGUUUUUAGAAGUUGCUUAGUCAUUAAAAAUGUGCAAUUUCCUCUGCCUUGUAAUGGCUAACAAAGUUGCAACUGAUGUCUAUUUAUUGGUAAUUUCUACAAUUUUACAAAAGAUAUACUUACAAAUAAACUGUUACAUGCUCAAAUCAAAGGCCAACUUUUUUCAGUAUUUUAUUGCUAUUAAUACUUUUACUAUGAAAUAAUAAAAUUCUUUAUGUAUAAAUUAAGUUUCUAUGUGCUUUUAUACAGCAGGAAAAUGUGUAAGAAUCAUGAUAAGUAAAAUAAAUGCUUAUAAUAUAAAUACAAAGAGAGUACAUAAAU